CUCCAAAAACACCCCCUUCCCCCCCCAACAGUCACAAUGGCCCCCGUUGCUGCUCGUGGUCGCAAGGCCCAGAAGGUCACCAAGAAGUAUGUCAUCAACGCUUCUCAGCCCGUGAGCGACAAGAUCUUCGACCUCUCUGCUUUCGAGAAGUUCCUCCACGACCGCAUCAAGGUCGAGGGCCGUGUCGGUAACCUCGGUGACAAGGUCGUCAUCUCCCAGGCUGGUGACGGCAAGGUCGAGGUUGUUGCUCACAUCCCCUUCUCUGGCCGCUACCUCAAGUACCUCACCAAGAAGUACCUCAAGAAGCAGCAGCUCCGUGACUGGCUCCGCGUUGUCUCCACCUCCAAGGGUGUCUACGAGCUCCGCUUCUACAACGUCGUCAACGACGAGGGCGAGGAGGAUGAGGAGUAAACUACUCCUUUCCGGAACCAUUGAUACCAAUUAAAAAAAUCGGAAAAGUGAUCGGACGACAGGUGGUCUCGCGUCAGGGGAUAUCUGAAUUGAGGGUCGUCACUUGGAGUCGGGUUCAGGGAUAGUUGCGCUCUACUGGGAGGGAUUCCUAUACCGUCUGGCG